UUUGCUAAGUGCACAUGAUGUGAAGAUGUUAGCAGGGACGGACGCGCAAAAUGCCAAUUUCUGCCACAGGACGAGUUUCACUGGACUAGGACACACGCGCCUGAGCUUCCUCCGAAAUAUGGUCGGGACCCAUACAUUGAUGUUAUAUGUAAGCGAAUGGUCAGAGAAGCAGCUUGUAAAAUGCUCAAUUAACGACGACCCUGUAGCCACUGGCAGUUACCUGUAUCUUUGCCGCCAAACGCGCUCGGAGAGCCCCGUGGAAUUCUCCCACUUAAAUAUCAGGGCGUUGUUGAGUCCAGACAACCUGUGCCCACUGAGUCCUGUCGAUGGAUUUACCAAACAGACGAAACAUGACCCAUUAGAGCAACAACAUAUUUCGGGUGCAAAAUCCCGUAGGAAACGCGCGUGGGUAUUUCCUGGGACACUUUGGUGUGGCACUGGAAGCAAAGCGAUUGACUACAAACAGUUAGGUGAGUAGAAUAAUAUUUACACUUCACACAUGCUGAUCACCAGAGAUGUCUUUCAAUUAGAUGUGUCCUAUAGAAUCAAAAUACAGUAGGCUAUCUACAGUAUAAAUGUAUCUAUACAUUUGUAAUUCACACCAUCCAACACUUUUAUCAGUGAAAAGACUGAAUAUUAUACUCUGAAUGAAAUAUCACAUAAUAGUAUAUACCCUGUCAUAUUCUAUCAAAAGGGCCUAUACCUAAUUUGUUUCAAAGUUGGGACAGCCUUCUGUUCUUAAAACCAUAUUUGGGCCGCUUCAUAAUGUAAUGAUUUGGAUGUAUAGUGAAAACAAGAGCCAUGUUAUAGGAUAGCUGUUUCUGGACAACGUAUGGCAUGGUCACACACAGAGGACAGAAUUCAUAACUGAAACAUUUGUAUCUAGCCUCAAAUUGGGCACAGGGCACAACCCCCUGUAGCGCAGUUGGUAGAUAAUUGCGCUUGCAACGCCAGGGUUGUGGGUUCGAUUCCCACGGGGGCCAGUAUGAAAAAAAAAAAUGCACUCACUAACUGUAAAGUCGCUCUGGAUAAGAGCGUCUGCUAAAUGACAAAAAUGUAAAUGUAAUUCCUUAUCCCUAUUUGUCUGUAACCUAUUUGAUCAGGACAACUCCUUGGAGUUGCCAUGUGUGUACUGUAGGCCUACUUCUGUUCCAGCAAGCACUAUGUCACAUCUUACUUAUUAUCUAUAACGUUUGUGCUUGGUGCUACUGCCGACCACCCACUGUAGCAAUGUGUCAUUACACAUGAAAUGUGUAUUUAAGGAUCUGAGGGACUUAUUUAGUCUCUCCACUGUUUGUUUCUUGUUGUAGGAAUGUUUGAGCGAGCGGACGGGUGCUGCCGUGAGCAUGACCACUGCAGUAACACUAUCCCCUCCUUCACGGUGAACUAUGGUGUUUUCAACCCCAACUUCUUCACCAUCUCACACUGCGACUGUGACCAAAGGUGAGCCUCAGUGUGUCGCCCCUGGGCAGCAUCUAUCACAUUCCAGGGAUGACACAUAUUCCUGUCCCCUGAAGGGGAACUCCUUAGAGCUUUAUUGAGCUAUAGCUCAAUAAAGUUCAAUAAAGAGUGACUUUUUAUUAUGCUGACCUUAUUUUUCAGGGGUGUGGUACAUGGUGCAUGACUCAUCUGCCAACUGAUAGGCAUUUAUUUUCUAAAGCUGCAAUAUGUAAGUUUUUGGGCGACCCGACCAAAUUCGAAUAGAAAUGUUAGUUACAGAUCUGUCAUUCUCAUUGAAAGCAAGUCUAAGAAGCGGUAGAUAUGUUCUAUGCACGCUAUUUCUAUGCUUCCCGUUCUUAAGUUUAGUUUUUGCGUCUAUUACUUUCGAUUUUGUACACCAGCUUCAAAUAGUUGAAAAUGCAAUAGUUAUGGUUAUGGAAAAUAUAUUUCACAGCGGUUUAGAUGGUACAAUGAUUCUCUACACUAUACUUGCUUGUUUUGUCACAUAAACGGAAAUUAAGUGAACUAUUAGAAUUUUAGCAACCAGGAAAUGACGGCGUGAUUUCUGCAUAGUGCAUCUUUAAAUGGCACCCCAAUUUGGAUUACCGCAAUGCAUGCACCAAUAAAAUAAGGUGAAUGAAAAAAAGUCACACUCCCCCAUAAAAAAAUAAAGCUUGUCUGACUUUAUAACAUGCUCUGUGAUAGACCCUCAAAAUAUAUACUUUUGAUGUCAAGAGAGAACAUGCACACUUUUUAUGUCUGUACACUCUUAGAAAAAAGGGUUCCAAAAGGCUUCUUUGCGGAGGGAUAGGGUUCUACCAAGAAGCGUUUUCAUCUGAAGAACCAUUUUUGGAAGACAAGGGUUCUUUGUAAGGCAAAGGGUUCUACCUAGGACCUUUAACAUCCUAAAAACUGUUUUUGGAAAAACUGGUUUUCUUUGACGAUUCUUUGGAAGGCAAGAAUGAUUCUUUGGAAGGCAAUAAGGGUUCUACAUACCCUUCUGAAUAAGUUUUUUAUUGUAAACAUUUUUCAUACUUUUAAAUAGUGCCUGAGCAUUAGUUUACCUCAGUGCUUAAACUUUAACAUCAGGAGUUUGAGUAAUGAGUUUAAAAAGAUAGAUGUGAAAAUGUUUUAAACUGUACCAAUAUGGGAAUAUGUAUGCAUGUAUCUGGUAUUCCCUUAGUCAUUUUACUUAUACAGUACUGACAUAGUUGAUAUCUUUGCCAUGAUUUAUGUCUUUCAAAUGAGUAUUUUCUGUGAUUUUUUUAUUGAGCAGAGAGUAGGAGAAUAGAAGGGAGUAUGAGUAAACCAGCAGUGUAUUGUAUGGUACACAGCAAAUUGGCCAGUUUUACCUAGUGUUGAUUUUUCAGGGUAACAUUCUAGUUUUGAUUUAGGAGUCAAAUUAACUUAACUGGUGGUAUAACCAGAGUUUAGUGUGAUUGUGUAAUAUUUACACUGUGUAGAGUAAAACACUCAAAACCACGCCCAUCAUUAUCAUAUUUCCCAGCAUGCUCUAAUUACAGGUUCAUUUUCAGAAUUGUUUGUUUCAAUAGCUGUGUAUUGCAUGUACAUUGAUUGGUUGAUUAAUCUUAUGCUACACAAAGAUAAAAUACAUUUUUCUAAACUAAUCCAAUCUGUUACUAUUGCACACCUUACUGGGAUUGUUGUUCCAGUUUAGAUUGAUUAAUGAGACUACCUAAAUCAUCUUCCUUACCCUGGCAGUCAUUCUGAAUGCAGGUUGCGGGUGAUUUAAAAGUUCAAAUUGUUGGAUAUCCUCACUCUGGCUGGAUUCCAAUAGGAAUUACACUUUGAAAGCGAGCAUAAUGUGACUUACAGGCCUGAUGUGGCCUGUAAACGAGGAGUUUCCUAACACCACUGUGUUAGGGUCUAACUAGGCCCUCAAAGAAAGGUCUUAUGAUUUAUAUAAUGUAUUGUCAUGAAAAGUUUACAUUUUAAAGUCUAAUCAGGCUGGUGGAACCGUUCAUAUAGGGUUCUAGGAAGAACCCUUCAAAGAUAAAGGGUUCUUUGUAGAACCUUUCAUAGAGGGUUCUAGAAAUAACCUUUUCAUAGAGGUUCUAGGUAGAACUAUUUACAGGGGGUUCUAUGAAGAACCCUACAUAGAAGGUUCUAGGUAAAAACCCUCUGCAAAGGGUGCUACCUAGCACCAAAAAGCGUUCACCUAUGGGAACAAACCGAAGAACCCUAAUUCUACUUAGCACUUUUUUUUCUAAGAGUGUAGGGUGAGCAAUAAUUGCUGGUCUCUUUCAGGACUCAUAAUCAGACACUUUGGAGAUGAGGUGAGGUGUCAACUCCCAGCUCUGAGUUGCCACAGAACACAGACAGAUGCUUGUGUAAUACGCUUAUACUCUAAUUAAUUUCCUUAAAGCAUGAGUGCCAGACAGACAAUGCAGUCUCAUUCUCCUCCAAGGUUUAACUGACAAGGCCAGACACUGUAUUAAUUCCACAGUAAGCACUAGAGCCCUGCACAGGCAUGAAUUUUAAGCCAUACCCAUGACCGCGACAUUCAGGCCCUACCCUACCCAGGCCCGAUUGCUUCUGCCAAAUUUAGUAAAUCCAUUAGCUGCUCCUCUCUCUGUCACUAGAGCUCUGCUACCUGAAGCUAAUGGAUUUACUAACAGAGGAAGUUAUUUAUGAUUUCGGGCUUUGGGCAGGGCCGGGCCUUACAUUUUGCAGAAGCAAUCAGGCCUGGGUAGGGUAGGGCCUGAACGUUGCGGGCAUGGGUAGGGCUCGGGCUUAAAAUUCAUGCCUGUGCAGGGCUCUACAGCAGAGCAUGCACAAAUGGCUCGGCUUCAAAAUGUUAGUGAUCCAUUUAGUGAUACCCGAGCCUUGCCCGUGCCCUAGUUAUGAAUCAACAGGCCCUACCCGGCCCUAACCCGACGUACAGUGGGGGAAAAAAGUAUUUAGUCAGCCACCAAUUGUGCAAGUUCUCCCACUUAAAAAGAUGAGAGAGGCCUGUAAUUUUCAUCAUAGGUACACGUCAACUAUACAUUUACAUUUACAUUUACGUCAUUUAGCAGACGCUCUUAUCCAGAGCGACUUACAAAUUGGUGCAUUCACCCUAUAGCCAGUGGGAUAACCACUUUACAAUAAUUUAUUUUAUUUUUUUAUUUAUUUUUUUUGGGGGGGGGGGGGUAGAAGGAUUACUUUAUCCUAUCCCAGGUAUUCCUUAAAGAGGUGGGGUUUCAAAUGUCUCCGGAAGGUGGUGAGUGACUCCGCUGUCCUGGCGUCGUGAGGGAGCUUGUUCCACCAUUGGGGUGCCAGAGCAGCGAACAGUUUUGACUGGGCUGAGCGGGAACUAUGCUUCCGCAGAGGAAGGGGAGCCAGCAGGCCAGAGGUGGAUGAACGCAAUGCCCUCGUUUGGGUGUAGGGACUGAUCAGAGCCUGAAGGUACGGAGGUGCCGUUCCCCUCACUGCUCCAUAGGCAAGCACCAUGGUCUUGUAACGGAUGCGAGCUUCAACUGGAAGCCAGUGGAGUGUGCGGAGGAGGGGGGUGACGUGAGAGAACUUGGGAAGGUUGAACACCAGACGGGCUGCGGCAUUCUGGAUGAGUUGUAGGGGUUUAAUGGCACAGGCAGGGAGCCCAGCCAACAGCGAGUUGCAGUAAUCCAGACGGGAGAUGACAAGUGCCUGGAUUAGGACCUGUGCCGCUUCCUGUGUAAGGCAGGGUCGUACUCUCCGAAUGUUGUAGAGCAUGAACCUGCAGGAUCGGGUCACCGCCUUGAUGUUAGCGGAGAACGACAGGGUGUUGUCCAGGGUCACGCCAAGGCUCUUCGCACUCUGGGAGGAGGACACAACGGAGUUGUCAACCGUGAUGGCGAGAUCAUGGAACGGGCAGUCCUUCCCCGGGAGAAAGAGCAGCUCCGUCUUGCCAGGGUUCAGCUUGAGGUGGUGAUCCGUCAUCCAUACUGAUAUGUCUGCCAGACAUGCAGAGAUGCGAUUCGCCACCUGGUUAUCAGAAGGGGGAAAGGAGAAGAUUAGUUGUGUAUCGUCAGCGUAGCAAUGAUAGGAGAGGCCAUGUGAGGAUAUGACAGAGCCAAGUGACUUGGUGUAUAGGGAGAAAAGGAGAGGGCCUAGAACUGAGCCCUGGGGGACACCAGUGGUGAGAGCACGUGGUGCGGAGACAGCUUCUCGCCACGCCACUUGGUAGGAGCGACCGGUCAUGUAGGACGCAAUCCAGGAGUGAGCCGCGCCGGAGAUGCCCAGCUCGGAGAGGGUGGAGAGGAGGAUCUGAUGGUUCACAGUAUCAAAGGCAGCAGACAGGUCUAGAAGGACAAGAGCAGAGGAGAGAGAGUUAGCUUUAGCAGUGCGGAGAGCCUCCGUGACACAGAGAAGAGCAGUCUCAGUUGAAUGACCAGUCCUGAAACCUGACUGGUUUGGAUCAAGAAGGUCAUUCUGAGAGAGAUAGCAAGAGAGUUGGCUAAAGACGGCACGCUCAAUAGUUUUGGAAAGAAAAGAAAGAAGGGAUACUGGUCUGUAGUUGUUGACAUCAGUGGGAUCGAGUGUUGGUUUUUUGAGAAGGGGAGCAACUCUCGCUCUCUUGAAGACGGAAUUGAGAAAAGACAUUCCAGAAAAUCACAUUGUAGGAUUUUUAAUGAAUUUAUUUGCAAAUUAUGGUGGAAAAUAAGUAUUUGGUCACCUAGAAACAAGCAAGAUUUCUGGCUCUCACAGACCUGUAACUUCUUCUUUAAGAGGCUCCUCUGUCCUCCACUCGUUACCUGUAUUAAUGGCACCUGUUUGAACUUGUUAUCAGUAUAAAAGACACCUGUCCACAACCUCAAACAGUCACACUCCAAACUCCACUAUGGCCAAGACCAAAGAGCUGUCAAAGGACACCAGAAACAAAAUUGUAGACCUGCACCAGGCUGGGAAGACUGAAUCUGCAAUAGGUAAGCAGCUUGGUUUGAAGAAAUCAACUGUGGGAGCAAUUAUUAGGAAAUGGAAGACAUACAAGACCACUGAUAAUCUCCCUCGAUCUGGGGCUCCACGCAAGAUCUCACCCCGUGGGGUCAAAAUGAUCACAAGAACAGUGAGCAAAAAUCCCAGAACCACACGGGGGGACCUAGUGAAUGACCUGCAGAGUGCUGGGACCAAAGUAACAAAGCCUACCAUCAGUAACACACUACGCCGCCAGGACUCAAAUCCUGCAGUGCCAGAUGUGUCCCCCUGCUUAAGCCAGUACAUGUCCAGGCCCGGAAACAUCAUGCUUUGGGGCUGUUUUUCUGCAAAGGGACCAGGACGACUGAUCCGUGUAAAGGAAAGAAUGAAUGGGGCCAUGUAUCGUGAGAUUUUGCGUGAAAACCUCCUUCCAUCAGCAAGGGCAUUGAAGAUGAAACGUGGCUGGGUCUUUCAGCAUGACAAUGAUCCCAAACACACCGCCCGGGCAACGAAGGAGUGGCUUCGUAAGAAGCAUUUCAAGGUCCUGGAGUGGCCUAGCCAGUCUCCAGAUCUCUACCCCAUAGAAAAUCUUUGGAGGGAGUUGAAAGUCCGUGUUGCCCAGCGACAGCCCCAAAACAUCACUGCUCUAGAGGAGAUCUGCAUGGAGGAAUGGGCCAAAAUACCAGCAACAGUGUGUGAAAACCUUGUGAAGACUUACAGAAAACGUUUGACCUGUGUCAUUGCCAACAAAGGGUAUAUAACAAAGUAUUGACAAACUUUUGUUAUUGACCAAAUACUUAUUUUCCACCAUAAUUUGCAAAUAAAUUCAUAAAAAAAAAAUUUUUCUCAUUUUGUCUGUCAUAGUUGACGUGUACCUAUGAUGAAAAUUACAGGCCUCUCUCAUCUUUUGAAGUGGGAGAACUUGCACAAUUGGUGGCUGACUAAAUACUUUUUUUCCCCACUGUAUAAUGUUGGGCUCUGGUCGGUUAGCAGAGCUCUAGUAAGCACCAAGUAGUUACAUAAUUGGAUGUAUAGCACAUCACUUUUCAUGAAAGCAAUUUAAAUCUUCCUGUAAAAUGUCAUGUUUUGAUUUGUCACUUUUCCCUGUGACUACCAAGCAGCUACGAUAUGUGGCUCUGUUGGACACAUUGGCUUUAAAUAAAUGAUGGGAAAAUCAUCAACUAUUCAAUAUGAAUAAGUGUAUUACAAUUCAGUAUGAUUUGCUCUUGUUGACAACAUGCCAAGUUUGCCAACCUAUUUUAACUAUUCCUUUGGUGAGAGAUCCCUGAUGUUUGUUGUUUGAGCUUAAAACAGCACUGGUAAGCUUAGGAGAGAACUGACUACUUAAAGGGACAUGUUAAGCUUCAUAUUCAUUCUUUCCAGCAGCACCCCAACAUCAACAUAUGUGCAAAUGGCACGUUUCUAUGUUCUGUAGUAAAAGAUAGAGGAAGAGAAGUGUUUCCAAUGACAUCAUCAGUGUGCAUCAUGUGAUUUUAACCAAUUAUGAGUAGGCAUUGACUACUAAUUGGUUGAUGAUGUCAUUGGAAACACUUAUAUUCCUCUUUUUUUUUACUACAACACAGAAACGCACCAUUUUCACAUGUUCGGGUGGGGCUGGAGAUGAUGAAUAUAUAUAUAUUUUUUUUAUGUCCCUUUAAUGCCACGGUCUUAGCAUUACCUACCCUUCUUUCUGUUGUCAUCAGGUUUCGCCAGUGCCUCCAGCGUGUAAAUGAUACCAUCUCCAAUAUGGUGGGCUUCAGCUUCUUCAACCUCCUCAAGAUGCCCUGCUUCGAGUUCACUCCCAGGAGUCAAUGCACUGAGCUUAACUGGUGGGGAAUGUGAGUACUGUCUGUCAAAAAUAAUUUAGUGUGGGUAAGUGAUAUUGUCCUGAUCAAGUGUUUACAGUACAUGGACUUUGUUCUAUAAUACUGUAAUAACUGUGAUAAGGAUAGUAAUAUGGGACAUGCUAUUGUUUCACCAAAAAAUGUAAUAGGGAUCAUAUGAUAGGCAAUUGAAACAGCAGCAGAAGCUCUCCAGUUUAAAUGUAGAUGCUUGUGAUAACUUGCCUGAUAUCCAGCCCCCUCACCCUUCCUCCAGGCAACAACACCACAUUGCCCUGGUCCAUCCCAGCAAAACGUUGAAAAUUAAAAGUAAUUCCCUAUAUUUAAAAUACGCAGUGAAACUUGUUUAGAUUGUAUAAUAUAAUUACUGUAUGUAUUUAUUUUGUUCUAUAUGAAAUAUACAGUGACUCUGAAAUUACAAAAAAUACAACCAGUAAGCUAAUGUACACAAAAUUAAGGAAAACAGCUAAUAUUGACAAUGUUGUGAAAAUACAGAGAGAACUAUGGCCAGUGUUGGGGGUAAUGCGUUACAAAGUAAAGCGUUACAAUAAUACUAUUACUUUUUGCGGUAACAAGUAAUAUAAUGGAAUACUGUUCCAAUUUGAGUAAUAAUAUUAGUUACUGAUCAAAGAUAGGUCGUCGUUACUUUUGUUACCCUUCCCAUUACAGUUAUGGAUCCAAAUAAAUAUUUGUGAUUAUUAUUAUUCCCUCUUUGUUGGCGCAAUAUAGAAAAAAUCCCCCCGCCCCAUAUUCUACCAUUGUUUUCGUCCUAAGUCCGACGUCCUCUCACCAAGUUCCUGUUUACGCACGCGUUACUACAAACUGCUUUAGUGAGGGCGAUGAAAAAUGGCAGAAGCGUCUAAAACAUUGAGUUUCUCAGUGUGGAAGUACUCCCAUUACUUUUGGGCUUUUUUCCCCCCUCCUGCACAUAUAUAUGUUUAUUUUUCUUUACUGUUACAAACUGUCUUUCUAUUUGUGCAAAUAAACUAAACUUUGAUUUGGUAGGAGGACAAAAUUAAAAUAAUAUAACCUUAAAACAUCAACUGUGCCCAGGCAAGAAAAAACGGUGCACUGCUAGAAACACAACUUCCAAUCUCUUGAAGCACCUGCAAAAGCAACACGCCAAGACAAAACUCAUAGCGGAAAACCCCCGAGGCCUGAUCACUGCUGUUGAAGAUGACUGUGUAGGCCUACCUCCUCCAAACAACCAAGGCUUGAUUUUAAUCAUUCAGGAUGACAGGCUUUAACUCGGGAAGAGCUGAACAAGCUUGUAGCUUGGUAUGUAGUAGAUUUUGUGUCUGUCAUUAUUAAGCUACUUGUGUUUGUGUAUAGGCCUACGUAAUGUAAUGUUUACAUUGAGCGCCAAUGUUUUGGGGUGUAGCGCAAAAGUAAUAUAGUAGUGUAACUAAUUACUUUUCCCAGGGAGUAAUAAGUAAAGUAAUUCGUUACUGUUGAAAGAAGUAACGAGUAAUAGGUAUUACAUUACUUAUUUUGAGUAAAGACCCCAACACUGCCUAUGAGUUAAUGAAAGGAUUCUCUCUUGGCAUGUUUGGGCUGUCUAAUAAGUCAAUGUUUGCUCUGUGCAGGUGCAAGGUGGCCAAAGUGGCCCCAUAUGCUGUCUUCAAAAAUCCCAUAGAUUACACCAUCAACCGCACGACCAGUGAACAUGGUGGCAGCAGUGACCCCCAAACAUCAGCAGGCACCGGGGAAAACCUGCUUACAGUGAGACCCUUGUCUAGCCCAACCAGGAAAAACCCCAAAGGGAACCGCCCCAAGCUAUUUGCCCCCCCACGGGACUGUGUUCCAAGAGGUCCUCCCAGAGGAGACACCUUCCAGAUAAAUCACAGGAAAGUGAAAGGAUGCAGCAGGGGCAAGAAAACAUUCACAACUCAAACAACCACACGUCAAACACAAACAACAUCUCAAACACAGACUAGCGCACCCUCAAUACAGACAACUGCAUCCCUGAUACCGAGGAGUGCAUCACCAAAACUGAAAACCACACCCACAACUCAGAGAACUGCUUUUAAAAUUAUUACAACCACAUCUCAGGUAAAAAUGAAAAAAACUGCUAAACAAAAGACUGGAUCUAGAACUGAAAAAACAACAUCGCCCUCACAUCAAAAUCAAGCUACACCAAAGAAAAAAACACGCUCACGACAGAGGACAACAUCCACAACAACGCAGAGGACUACAUCAACACCAAAGCCUUCGCCACAGACAACAACUUUAACAACCACAACUCUUAUACCCAAAAGUCCCAAAAUCCCAAAGGCUCUUAGGAAAAUUCACCGUUGUGGCCCUCCAAGAGGAGAUACCGUUCAGCCUCGCCGCUGGAGGGGGGAACGAGGCAAAGCCUGUUUGGAACAGAUAACUACAACACCAACGACCAUAUCCUCAGCAAACAAGACUGCAUCACCAUCCCAGACAAGAAUAUCUCAAACUCAGAGAACAAUGCCCUCAAAUAAGACAACAACAUCUCCAACUGUGACUAAGAGGACCGCUUCCUCAAAGCUAAGGACCACACCUCUAAUACAAACCCCUACUGAGAGUGCACCAUCUAUGACAACAGGUAGUAUUUUUGUGUUUCUCCAUGAGCCCACUAUCAGUCUGGUAAAUGGCCAGCCUGCAACUGCCCCAAGCUUGAAUUCGGCUUUCUAGGAAAAGCUUGAUGAUGCCAUUAUAGAUAUGCAGUGCCCUCCGUAAUUAUUGGGACAGUGAAGCAUUUUAUUUACUCAGUACUCCAGCACUUUGGAUUUGAAAUGAUACAAUGGCGAUGAGGUUAAAGUACAGACUGUCAGCUUUAAUUUGAAGGUAUUUUCAUCCAUAUCGGAUGAACCGUUUAGAAACUACAGCACUUUUUGUACAUAGUCACCCCAUUUUAGGGGACCAAAUGAAUGGUAAAUAAUGUGUCAUUUUGGAGUCACUUUUAUUUUAAAUAAGAAUAGAAUAUGUUUCUAAACACUUCAACAUUAAUGUGGAUGCUACCAUGAUUAAAGAUAAUCCUGAAUGAAUCGUGAAUAAUGUUGAGUGAGUUACCGGCGCAUAAAUAUCAUACCCCCAGGACAUGCUAACCUCUCACCAUUACAAUAACAGGGGAGGGUAUCUUUUUUGUGGGGUAUGAUAUUUGUGGGUCUAACUUUCUCAAUCAUCAUUAUUCACGAUUCAUUUAGGAUUAUCCGUAAUCAUGGUAGCAUCCACAUUAAUGUAGAAGUGUUUCAAAACAUUCUAUUCUUAUUUACAAUAAAAGUGACUACAAAAUGACACAAUGCAUUAUUUCGCAUUCAUUUCUAUUGGGCAAAAACUAAUUCUGAAACACAACCAAAACAAACAGAAAAUGCAUCCAACACAUUUGUAGAGUGACAAGCUUGAUGUAGUCAAAAGAAGAAAAAUGCUUCUGUCCCAUUAAUUACGAAGGACACUUACUGUUUGUCAUGACUCGGCUAGCUUCAGUAUGUUCUGUUUGUUCUCUGUGUUACAGAUAAUAUGCUUCUUUGUGGCACCCUCAAGCAUUUGGAUGAAUGUAAAUACAAAAUUUCCCCUUUAGAGAAGAGAUAUGAUCUCCACAACACGGAAUCAAAGACUGUGUACCAUUGUGAUUGCACCCACAGGUGAGACAGUAUCCGUACAAUGCAGUGACACUUAAGAUGAGGGAGGACGAUUUUUAAAUGUUUUAUGAGCAUUGCUUUAUUUCUAUUACAGCAUAUUGGAUGACUGUCAUUCAUAUUCCAUUCACCCAGCUCAAUGUAACAUUGAUAGGUUUAGGCUACUACAUGAUACUCACAUUUUCAAUAUACCUAUCAUGAGGUUGCUACAACCUAGCCUAUGAGUGAAAGUUUACAAUGUAGGUGCACAGGUCGAGAGAAAAAUGUGAGUCUUCAAGGUGACAGACAGUGACGCAUUCAAUACGACCUUGCACACUUUUACCUGCAUCUAGCUGAUCUAGGGUGUAAUCAUUAGUCCAACAGUUGCAAACAAGAGUUCCUAUUGCACAAAUUCAGGUAUGUUUAUCCCCGUUCCUUUUGCUUCCAUUUUUAAGAAAUGUUUUUCAACAGAAUCGGCGGAAUGAAUACACCCCUGAUUACAUUUACAUUUUAGUCAUUUAGCAGACGCUCUUAUCCAGAGCGACUUACAGGAGCAAUUAGGGUUAAGUGCCUUGCUCAAGGGCACAUUUACGUCAUUUAGCAGACGCUCUUAUCCAGAGCGACUUACAAAUUGGUGCAUUCACCCUGUAGCCAGUGGGAUAAGCACUUUCCAAAAUAUUUUUAUUUUUAUUUUAUUUUAUUUUUGAUGGGGGAGGGGGGGGGGGGUGGUAAAAGGAUUACUUUAUCCUAUCCCAGGUAUUCCUUAAAGAGGUGGGGUUUCAAAUGUCUCCGGAAGGUGGUGAGUGACUCCGCUGUCCUGGCGUCGUGAGGGAGCUUGUUCCACCAUUGGGGUGCCAGAGCAGCGAACAGUUUUGACUGGGCUGAGCGGGAACUAUGCUUCCGCAGAGGAAGGGGAGCCAGCAGGCCAGAGGUGGAUGAACGCAAUGCCCUCGUUUGGGUGUAGGGACUGAUCAGAGCCUGAAGGUACGGAGGUGCCGUUCCCCUCACUGCUCCAUAGGCAAGCACCAUGGUCUUGUAACGGAUGCGAGCUUCAACUGGAAGCCAGUGGAGUGUGCGGAGGAGGGGGGUGACGUGAGAGAACUUGGGAAGGUUGAACACCAGACGGGCUGCGGCAUUCUGGAUGAGUUGUAGGGGUUUAAUGGCACAGGCAGGGAGCCCAGCCAACAGCGAGUUGCAGUAAUCCAGACGGGAGAUGACAAGUGCCUGGAUUAGGACCUGUGCCGCUUCCUGUGUAAGGCAGGGUCGUACUCUCCGAAUGUUGUAGAGCAUGAACCUGCAGGAUCGGGUCACCGCCUUGAUGUUAGCGGAGAACGACAGGGUGUUGUCCAGGGUCACGCCAAGGCUCUUCGCACUCUGGGAGGAGGACACAACGGAGUUGUCAACCGUGAUGGCGAGAUCAUGGAACGGGCAGUCCUUCCCCGGGAGGAAGAGCAGCUCCGUCUUGCCAGGGUUCAGCUUGAGGUGGUGAUCCGUCAUCCAUACUGAUAUGUCUGCCAGACAUGCAGAGAUGCGAUUCGCCACCUGGUUAUCAGAAGGGGGAAAGGAGAAGAUUAGUUGUGUAUCGUCAGCGUAGCAAUGAUAGGAGAGGCCAUGUGAGGAUAUGACAGAGCCAAGUGACUUGGUGUAUAGGGAGAAAAGGAGAGGGCCUAGAACUGAGCCCUGGGGGACACCAGUGGUGAGAGCACAUGGUGCGGAGACAGCUUCUCGCCACGCCACUUGGUAGGAGCGACCGGUCAUGUAGGACGCAAUCCAGGAGUGAGCCGCGCCGGAGAUGCCCAGCUCGGAGAGGGUGGAGAGGAGGAUCUGAUGGUUCACAGUAUCAAAGGCAGCAGACAGGUCUAGAAGGACAAGAGCAGAGGAGAGAGUUAGCUUUAGCAGUGCGGAGAGCCUCCGUGACACAGAGAAGAGCAGUCUCAGUUGAAUGACCAGUCCUGAAACCUGACUGGUUUGGAUCAAGAAGGUCAUUCUGAGAGAGAUAGCAAGAGAGUUGGCUAAAGACGGCACGCUCAAUAGUUUUGGAAAGAAAGAAGGGAUACUGGUCUGUAGUUGUUGACAUCAGUGGGAUCGAGUGUUGGUUUUUUGAGAAGGGGUGCAACUCUCGCUCUCUUGAAGACGGAAGGGACAUAGCCAGCGGUCAAGGAUGAGUUGAUCAGCGAGGUGAGGUAGGGGAGAAGGUCACCGGAGAUGGUCUGGAGAAGAGAGGAGGGGAUGGGGUCAAGCGGGCAGGUUGUUGGGCGGCCUGCAGUCACUAGUCGCAAGAUUUUAUCUGGAGAGAGAGGGGAGAAAGAAGUCAAAGCAUAGGGUAGGGCAGUGUGAGCAGGACCAGCAGUGUCAUUAGACUUAACAAACGAGGAUCGGAUGUCGUCAACCUUCUUUUCAAAGUGGUUGACGAAGUCAUCCACAGAGAGGGAGGAGGGGGGUGGGGGGGGGGGGGGGGGGGGGGGGGGGGGGGGGGGUGGGGGGGAGGAUUCAGCAGUGAGGAGAAUGUGGCAAAGAGCUUCCUAGGGUUAGAGGCAGAUGCUUGGAAUUUAGAGUGGUAGAAAGUGGCCUUAGCAGCAGAAACAGAUGAAGAAAAUGUAGAGAGGAGGGAGUGAAAAGAUGCCAGGUCGGCAGGGAGUUUAGUUUUCUUCCAUUUCCGCUCAGCUGCCCGGAGCUCUGUUCUGUGAGCUCGCAAUGAGUCGUCAAGCCACGGAGCUGGAGGGGAGGACCGAGCCGGCCGGGAGGAUAGGGGACACAGGGAGUCAAAGGAUGCAGAAAGGGAGGAGAGGAGGGUUGAGGAGGCAGAAUCAGGAGAUUGGAGGGAGAAGGAUUGAGCAGAGGGAAGAGAUGAUAGGAUGGAAGAGGAGAGAGUAGUGGGAGAGAGAGAGCAAAGGUUGCGGCGGCGCGUUACCAUCUGUGUAGGGGCAGAGUGAGUAGUGUUGGAGGAGAGCGAGAGAGAAAAGGAUACAAAGUAGUGGUCGGAGACAUGGAGGGGAGUUGCAGUGAGAUUAGUAGAAGAGCAACAUCUAGUAAAGAUGAAGUCAAGCGUAUUGCCUGCCUUGUGAGUAGGGGGGGACGGUGAGAGGGUGAGGUCAAAAGAGGAGAGGAGUGGAAAGAAGGAGGCAGAGAGAAAUGAGUCAAAUGUAGACGUAGGGAGGUUGAAAUCCCCCAAAACUGUGAGGGGUGAGCCAUCCUCAGGAAAGGAACUUAUCAAGGCGUCAAGCUCAUUGAUGAACUCUCCAAGGGAACCUGGAGGGCGAUAGAUGACAAGGAUAUUAAGCUUAAAUGGGCUAGUGACUGUGACAGCGUGGAAUUCAAAUGAGGAGAUAGACAGAUGGGUUAGGGGAAAAAUUGAGAAUGACCACUUGGGAGAGAUGAGGAUUCCUGUGCCACCACCCCUCUGACCAGAUGCUCUCGGGGUAUGCGAGAACACAUGGUCAGACGAGGAGAGAGCAGUAGGAGUAGCAGUGUUUUCAGUGGUAAUCCAUGUUUCCGUCAGCGCCAGGAAGUCGAGGGACUGGAGGGUAGCAUAGGCUGGGAUGAAGUCAGACGCUAACAGUUUACUUUCAUAGCAGCCACAUACAAACAGCAUGAUCAUUUUGCUCAUUGUAGAAUUCCUUCUCGCAUCUACGUGCUCCCCUCAUCUCACCUUUUCCCUUCGCUUGUGGACUUCAGUGCACAACACAUCAGCUGUCUGUGACCAGGCGAAAAAACCUUUCCAACCCAUACCCCUUCAUAUCAUAACCGCUAACCGCUAGACACAGCCCACAUCGUUGUCACCAUAUUAGCUAACGUCAUACCUAGUCAACAUAGCUACUAGAACUAACGCGUUAGUAAAGCCGCUACAAACAUGCAGUACAGUGUACAGUCAGCAAGCAGUUUAGCAGUUACACCGAUGGGCCACGGUGGCAAUAAAUUACUAAAUCCAAAAGCUUACCUUGACUUGGAAGAGUUCCAGUGUUGGAUAGCCAUAGCCAGCUAGCUAACAUAGCAUCCAACUCUGUUUGAGCCGGUGUUUGACUAGGCUAAACUAGCUUCAUAACCUAGCUAAGUGAAAGUGAAACAAUUACAAUGAAAUAAAGCUAGCGCUCUCUCUCUCUUGCGUCUCCUUCAAAACUGUUCAACUAUUGUCUUUCUCUCUCUUUGAGUCAACUACUCACAACAUUGUAUGUACUGCAGUGCUAGCUAGCUGUAGCUUAUGUUUUCAGUACUAUAUUCAUUCUCUGAUCCUUUGAUUGGGUGGACAACAUGUCAGUUCAUUUUGCAAGAGCUCUGAUAGGUUGGAGGACGUCCUCCGGAAGUUGUCAUAAUUACUGUGUAAGUCUAUGGAAGGUGGUGAGAACCAUGAGCCUCCUAGGUUUUGUAUUGAAGUCAAUGUACUUGGGCUGACCCCAAUUAGUCGACUGGUCGAUUGUUUGGUUGAUAGGCUGUUGGUCGACCAAUAUUUUUUUAAAUGUCGAGCAGUACCAAAUAUAAACAGUGGGGAGAACAAGUAUUUGAUACACUGCCGAAUUUGCAGGUUUUCCUACUUACAAAGAGGUCUGUAAUUUUUAUCAUAGGUACACUUCAACUGUGAGAGACGGAAUCUAAAACAAAAAUCCAGAAAAUCACAUUGUAUGAUUUUUAAGUAAUUCAUUUGCAUUUUAUUGCAUGACAUAAGUAUUUGAUCACCUACCAACCAUUAAGAAUUCCGGCUCUCACAGACCUUUUCGUUUUUCUUUAAGAAGCCCUCCUGUUCUCCACUCAUUACCUGUAUUAACUGCACCUGUUUGAACUAGUUACCUGUAUAAAAGAUACCUGUCCACACACUCAAUCAAACAGACUCCAACCUCUCCACAAUGGCCAAGACCAGAGAGCUGUGUAAGGACAUCAGGGAUAAAAUGGUAGACCUGCACAAGGCUGGGAUGGGCUACAGGACAAUAGGCAAGCAGCUUGGUGAGAAGGCAACAACUGUUGGCGCAAUUAUUAGAAAAUGGAAGAAGUUCAAGAUGACGGUCAAUCACCCUCGGUCUGGGGUUCCAUGCAAGAUCUCACCUCGUGGGGCAUCAAUGAUCAUGAGGAAGGUGAGGGAUCAGCCCAGAACUACACGGCAGGACCUUGUCAAUGACCUGAAGAGAGCUGGGACCACAGUCUCAAAGAAAACCAUUAGUAACACACUACGCCGUCAUGGAUUAAAAUUCUGCAGCGCACGCAAGGUCCCCCUGCUCAAGCCAGCGCAUGUCCAGGCCUGUCUGAAGUUUGCCAAUGACCAUCUGGAUGAUCCAGAGGAGGAAUGGGAGAAGGUCAUGUGGUCUGAUGAGACAAAAAUAGAGGUUUUUGGUCUAAACUCCACUUGCUGUGUUUGGAGGAAGAAGAAGGAUGAGUACAUCCCCAAGAACACCAUCCCAACCGUGAAGCAUGGUGGUGGAAACCUCAUUCUUUGGGGAUGCUUUUCUGCAAAGGGGACAGGAUGACUGCACCGUAUUGAGGGGAGGAUGGAUGGGGCCAUGUAUCACGAGAUCUUGGCCAACAACCUCCUUCCCUCAGGAAGAGCAUUGAAGAUGGGUCGUGGCUGGGUCUUCCAGCAUGACAACGACCCGAAACACACAGCCAGGACAACUAAGGAGUGGCUCCGUAAGAAGCAUCUCAAGGUCCUGGAGUGGCCUAGCCAGUCUCCAGACCUGAACCCAAUAGAAAAUCUUUGGAGGAAGCUGAAAGUCCGUAUUGCCCAGCGACAGCCCCGAAACCUGAAGGAUCUGGAGAAGGUCUGUAUGGAGGAGUGGGCCAAAAUCCCUGCUGCAGUGUGUGCAAACCUGGUCAAGACCUACAGGAAACGUAUGAUCUCUGUAAUUGCAAACAAAGGUUUCUGUACCAAAUAUUAAGUUCUGCUUUUCUGAUGUAUCAAAUACUUAUGUCAUGCAAUAAAAUGCAAAUUAAUUAAUUUAUAUUAUUUUAUGGCACACAAGACACCUGUCUGAUUCGCGCCCAUCUCAGUGAACUAAUCCAUUGUGUAGGCUGAGACUGAUCCAUUGCGGAGGCCGGGUGGAUGGCACAGUCCAAGAGGAAGGUCAGUGUGGCUAAAAUGCAUGAUGCACAUCUCCUCCAGAAUGUGCUCUCUCUCUUCAUAACUUAAUUGUGUGAAUUGUUUGCCUUGAUUGUUAGUGUCUAUCAAUUACCCAUUACAUAUAUCACGAGUAGUAGCCUACAUUUACCGUUAAUUUGGUUAUGGCAAUUUCUGUUCAUGCAUUCAAUAUAUUAUUAUUCCAGUCUUUUACCAUUCUCAUUGUCAGAGUGGACACAUUGUUUGCAGGGCGCACAACCUAUGCUACACUUGUGAGAAACAAGUUUUGGUUUAUUUUAUUCCAUUUACGAAUUUUGUCAAUUAAGUCAAAAUGGUCUUUUAAUUGGAGCGCUACUGUCAAUGUUGAGUAAGAACGCAAACUGAUUAUGCAUAGAAGUAGGCCUAUAGGCUACCUGGUCUGCGCGCAAAUGUAGGCAUAUAAAUGUGCCCACUUGGGGAUCUGAUAGUAUUUCUGAUGGGCUUAACGCACCACCACUAAUGAGCUGGGGAACUUCUCAAAUUAAUGUUUUCUUCACCUCAAACAGAAAGCAAACAAAGUCGGGUUUUACAUCCAUUGAAAAUGACAAUAGUUCCUCAAUAUAUUUGAAAAAUAUUUCCAGCUCUCCCUUUCGAAAACGACUCUGCGUGAAAGGGAAAAAUGUAAUGCUCUGAUCCAGUGGAAAUAGUCAUAAAAUAGGUCUACCUGAUGAGCUCUUAUCCCUUGCACAAAAAAGCCUACAGCUGUGUCUGUCCCGAGCUCACUUGUGUGGGAAACUCUGAGGGCCCAGAAUAUUUUAUACGUUGCAAGUCUGCUAGUGCGAGCUUCGGACUGGACCCAAGUUGAUACAAUGUUUCAAGUUCGUUGCAGACAGGCCAUGCAUAGCCAAUGUGAUUUAUAGGAGAAAUAUUUUUAUCAGGAUAUUUUCUACCUGCAGGCUGCAAUGUUGUUAUUUGUUGGCUUUAUGUAGGUUUGUAUUUUAAUUUAGAUUUGGAUAGAAUUUUGAUUAACCACAUGACAAUGAAUUUGAGAUACGAAGACGUUAUUAUAAAUUCAAUGAAACUGUUUCACAAAAAUGUGCAUAUGAAAACCAUAACAGGCACGCAGAUCGGUAGAAAUUGUAAGACAAAUUGGCAUUCUAGUGUAGCCUAUUACUGGUAACUUCAGGAGAGUAAUGGCAGAAUCUGCGAAAGCCAGCGGGAGGAGGAUGGUCGGGUCAGGUUAAGGUUUUUCUCUUCUGGUUAUCUUGAUCUCUGGCUCCCUAUUGAGUCAUUUGGGUCUUAUUUCAUCAAACAGCAUCAGACAAGCAUAUAGUUGAUUUUAUUAAAACACAGGGUGUGUCUAAAUAUGGAAAGAUACACGUUAAAAAACGACUUUCGGUCUACCAAGAUGUUUGUUUUUCCGGUGACAGCCCUACAAUGUACCCAGAGGAGGACGGAAACUAGCUGUCCUCCGGCUACACCAUGGUGCUACCCUACAGAGUGCUGUUGAGGCUACUGUAGACCUUCAUUGCAAAACAGUGUGUUUUAAUCAAUUAUUUGGUGACAUGAAUAUAAACUCAGCAAAAAAAGAAACAUCGCUUUUUCAGGACCAUGUCUUUCAAAGAUAAUUCGUAAAAAUCCAAAUAACUUCACAGAUCUUCAUUGUGAAGGGUUUAAACACUGUUUCCCAUGUUUGUUCAAUGAACCAUAAACAAUUAAUGAACAUGCACCUGUGGAACGGUCGUUUAGACACUAACAGCAUACAGACGGUAGGCAAUUAAGGUCACAGUUAUGAAAACUUAGGACACUAAAGAAGCCUUUCUACUGACUGAAAAACACCAAAAGAAAGAUGCCCAGGGUCCCUGCUCAUCUGCGUGAAAGUGCCUUAGGCAUGCUGCAAGGAGGCAUGAGGAAGGCAGAAGUGGCCAGGACAAUAAAUUGCAAUGUCCGUACUGUGAGACGCCUAAGACAGCGCUACAGGGCGGACAGCUGAUCGUCCUCGCAGUGGCAGACCACGUGUAACAACACCUGCACAGGAUUGGUACAUCUGAACAUCACACCUGCAGGACAGGUACAGGAUGGCAACAAAAACUGCCCAAGUUACACCAUGAACGCACAAUCCCUCCAUCAGUGCUCAGACUGUCCGCAAUAGGCUGAGAGAGUCUGGACUGAGGGCUUGUAGGCCUGUUGUAAGGCAGGUCCUCACCAGACAUCACCGGCAACAACGUCGCCUAUGGGCACAAACCCACCGUCGCUGGACCAGACAGGACUGGCAAAAAGUUCUCUUCACUGACGAGUUGCGGUUUUGUCUCACCAGGGAUGAUGGUCGGAUUUGCGUUUAUCGAUGAAGGAAUGAGCGUUACAACCAAGGCCUGUACUCUGGAGUGGGAUCGAUUUGGAGGUCGAGGGUCCUUCAUGGUCUGGGGCGGUGUGUCACAGCAUCAUUAUCGGACUGAGCUUGUUGUCAUUGCAGGCAAUCUCAACGCUGUGCAUUACAGGGAAGACAUCCUCCUCACUCAUGUGGUACCCUUCCUGCAGGCUCAUCUUGACAUGACCUUCCAGCAUGAAAAUGCCACCAGCCAUACUGCUCGUUCUGUACGUGAUUUCCUGCAAGACAGGAAUAUCAGUGUUCUGCCAUGGUCAGCGACGAGCCCGGAUCUCAAUCCCAUUGAGCACGUCUGGGACCUGUUGGAUCGGAGGGUGACGGCUAGGGCCAUUCCCCCCAGAAGUGUCCGGGAACUUGCAGGUGCCUUGGUGGGGUAACAUCUCACAGCAAGAACUGGCAAAUCUGGUGCAGUCCAUGAGGAGGAGAUGUACUGCAGUACUUAAUGCAGCUGGUGGCCACACCAGAUACUGACUGUUACUUUUGAUUUUGACCCCCCCCUUUGUCACAUGUCUGUGGAACUUGUUCAGUUUAUGUCUGUUGUUGAAUCUUGUUAUGUUCAUACAAAUAUUUACACAUGUUAAGUUUACUGAAAAUAAACACAGUUGACAGUGAGAGGACGUUUCUUUUUUUGCAGAGUUUAUUUAGUAUAGUUUUAUCUAAAAGGAUAACUUUUUUUUUUUAUGUUUCACUAUUUUUAUGAAAUUCACUGAGGAGGAUGGUCCUCCCCUUCCUCCUCUGAGGAGCCUCCACUGGUACAAUGUAUGCUGAACACUGUCUCUAAAAUGUACUGUGUUAAAGUAUCUGCAGCUGCGUUAAAUAACUAUGGGUUAGAGGGUUCGUGCCUGCUGGGUUAGAUAACUACGCAAGAUGGACGCAUACAUGUUACAUGCACACACACGUGCACACACACACUCACACAUAUACGGUCUCCCCAUAUUUCCUUUCUGAUAGUGUUUCUGUCUUUCUCUUAACUUCUUUUUCUCCUCAUCAACUGUCUGUCUACCUGGACCACCUGUCUCCUCUGUCCCUCUACCUUUCUCCAUCACAUUUCAGGCUGGCUGGUCAGAUCAGAUACUUGGAGAAGACCAAAAUUCUCCAAUCCCUCCUGCAGGAUUUUGUGUCUCUAUCCUGCUUCAACGUGCCAAGUGUUAAAGAAUGUCAUGGAGGGAAAAGGUUGGUGGCUCAAAUUCAAAGGAUGAUAGAUUUGCAGUGAGCCACAACUUUUUCAAUGGAUCUCUUCACAAGGCUGAUUGUUUAUUGUUACGUUACAUGCAAUGUGUCAGUGUCUUACCUACUGUCAAUCUAAUAACAAUAAUACUUAGUGAAACUGUGCAUGUGGCUGUCGGUUCAAGUAUUUAUAUAUUUUUCUUCGCUCUCUUGCUGUAGCUGUACUACUGGAUUUUCCCAAGCCACUGACCUAAUUCAAGUCCUUAAAAGCAUGGAGGAAAGAGGAAGACUUAAUGCUCAGAGCACAAGUAAAGACACACAAAGAGGGCCUCCUAUUCGCCUCUACAAGCGAUGUCUGAGGAUCAUUGAGUCCAAGAAACCUAGACUGAUGAUUCCCAAACAUCAGCACCCU